AUGGAAGAACCACAGCGAACCAGCAGCCAGUACGACGGAGGAGACGAUGUUCACCACAGGCCAUCCUUCCAGAGCUAUCAUGACACUCAGACAACACUUGAUGUUCCCGAGAAGUCUGAUGAACCCGUAGUUGAGGAACCCAAAGACGAAGAAGCUAUCCGGGAGAGUGAGAAAGAGGCCGAAGCACCACAAGAGAAAGACGUGAUCGAAACGGUCUCGGAAGCAACUCUGACGCAGGUCCCCAGAGCGUUUCCGUUAAUCAGGACCACACGAGCUCGCCCACCAUCCGCUCUUCGUGCCACAGUUUCUACACCAGAUAUGUGCCAGCGAGUGGUAUCACCCGAUGGAUCGGUGAAACGGGAGUGCUCCUUUGAUAUUCUGGGCUUGUCGAAAGAGGAAGUCCAGGCUAUCCUGGCCGCCGCUGGAGGCACUGAGGGCCGAGGGGUGUCAAUGGCAAGCACGCAGCCCGCGCGAGAUGUUGGCGAGAGCAGUGGGAAGAACGGGGAAGAACUCCAGGUUCCAGAGCAGGCUCAUCCUCGCUGCCCAACAUGCAUGAGCAUUCUCGCCGGCGAGCUUGAUAUCGCGGCCUUUGAACCCGCUCAACAGCAACAGCAACAGCAACAGCAAGAACAAACCCAAUACCCCCAACCACCAACCGGAACCCUCACUGAAAGCUCCUCCCUCAAAAAGUCCCCGGCCACUUCUACCCCCUUUCCAUACUACGCCUCCAGCCACGCCACCUCGGACGAUGAAGAAGAAAUGAUCGUCUCCUGGGAACCCGACCACGACACGGGCAACCCGCACGAGUGGUCCCCCGGCAAGAAAACCUGCAUCCUCAUCACUUGCAUGAUGCUCAUCAUCAACUCAACCAUGGGCUCUGCCCUCCCAGCCAACGCCCUGCCUUUUAUCUCAGAUAAAUGGGACAUUACCAACGAAUCCCAACAAGUCCUCCCCAUUUCCGUCUAUCUGAUCGGCUACGUCAUGGGCCCCAUCCUCUGGGCCCCCCUUUCCGAGCAAUUCGGCCGCAAAAUCCCAACAAUGAUCACCUUCCUAAUAUUCACCGCCUUCACCCUCGCAACCGCCCUCGCAAACAGCUGGAUCAUGUUCCUCAUCUUCCGCCUCCUAACCGGAACCUUCGCCUCCGCCCCCAUCGCCAUUGUCCCAGGGAUAAUCGCCGACAUCUCCCCCAACCCUCGCACUCGAGGGAGGAACAUGGGGUUAUUCUUCAUGACGACCGUCUCCGGGCCUUUACUCGCCCCAAUCAUAUCAGGCUACUGCUCCGAAACAAUUGGCUGGAGGUGGGCGUUUUGGAUUGGACUUAUUUACGCGGGAUGCACACUUGUCCCCUUGUUCUUCCUCCCAGAAACAUACGGUCCUGUCCUCCUCAAGCGACGCGCUGAGGAGAUUCGCCUUCAUGACGCCAAGGCUAGGGUGGUGGCGCUGCAUGAGAUGGAGAAGAAGUCGUUCAGGGAGUUGACGACUGUUGUUUUAUACCGGCCCAUCAAGAUGCUCGUCACGGAGCCGAUCGUUAACACUUCGUGUGCUUACCUCGCGCUUUGUUAUGCCAUAUUUUACAUGUGUUUUGAGGCGUUUCCGAUCAUUUUCACUGGGGUUUAUGAGCUCUCGCCGGGGGAGUGCGGGUUGACGUAUCUGGCCGUUGGGGUGGGGUGCUUACUCGCGUUGCCGAUCUUUUUUGUGUGGGAUAGUGUUCUGAGGUCGGCGAUGGCGAGGAACAAGGCUUGGACUAGACAGGAGGAGUACAGACGGCUACCGCUCGCGUGUGUCGGGGGGCCGAUGUUUGUGAUUAGUCUUUUUUGGUUGGGAUGGACGGCGAAGGAGGGGGUUCACUUUUUUGUGCCGAUGCUGGCGGGGGUGCCGUUUGGGGUGGGGUUUAUGUGUAUUUUCCAGGCUCUCUUGAACUAUUUGACCGACGCGUACGAAGUCUACGCCGCGUCUGCCAACGCUGCCGCGUCAACCUCCCGCUCUUUGCUCGCAACUGUCUUGCCUUUGGCUACUCUCCCCAUGUUUGAAAAGUUGGGGAUAAGCGGUGCUUGCUCGCUGCUUGGGGGCGUGAGCACGCUCAUGUGUGCUAUUCCGUUUGUGUUUCUCUGGCAGGGGGACAAGAUCAGGUCCAACUCCAAGUUUUGUCUUGCGAUCCGGCAGCGGAAGGAGGAGCAGCAGCAAAAGAUUGAGGAGCAACGGAGACGGUCACAGGCGAGGAUGCUGGAGAGGGUGAGUGCCCGCGCUGGGGGGAAAAAACAAGUGGUUAUCCAGGGGAAGAGGGUUGGGAGUUCGGGGAGUGAUCAAUCUGGGUCUGGUGGGAUGGGGGAGGGGUCAUCUGGCAGUUUGGGACGACUGCCUGGGGUGAAGGUUGUGGUGGAGGAGAAGGAGAAGGGGAAGGAGGUGGAGGUGCGAAGGGUAAUAGUUUAA